ACCCUAGGAAAAGCCUCCAUCUUUGCUUCUGCUCCUUUGUUCUUCGUCUCUGUUAAUGGCUCGUCUCGUCAGAUAUUUGAGAAGGACACUGAUCUGUAGUUCACCGCCUUCGAUAUCGGUACGAAAUCCUAGAAUAUGUGUCCACUCGUAUCAAAACCCUAAUUUUUCAAUGAGCCGCAAAUUCUUAAGCUCGGGGAGUUACGUGUCGGAAAUGCGGAAGUCAGCUUUUGAGGGUAACAUUCUCCGAUUAAUUCGUUCUGAGAUUCAGUCCGAGCUCGAUCACUCCCCUCCCCUUCAGCCUGAGGACAGGUUUGGUCCAUUCACGGUGGAUGAGCGGCCAGGGGAGCAGUGGAUUAGCUUGAGAAGAAAAUUUGGGGAGAAGGAAGAUAUCAAGAUCGAAGCAACCAUGUUUGAUGGAUCAGUUCCAUCAUCAAAAUCAACAAGCAGUGACCCUGAAGAUGUUCAGCUUCACAUUACCUUCAUUGUCAACAUCUCUAAGGGUGGUGAUGGUGAGACGUUAGAGAUCAUGUGUUCUGCUUGGCCUGAUACUAUACAGAUCUCCAAGUUCUUUGUUCGUAAAAGCAGCAAGAGGUCACCAAAUGCCUAUAUUGGACCAGAAUUCGAGGAAAUGGAAGAUGAACUUCAAGACUCACUUUAUCAAUUUUUGGAGGAAAGAGGUAUAAGUGAUGAUCUUGCUGUGUUCUUUCAUCAGUACAUGAAGAACAAAGAUAAAGCCGAGUAUAUUAGAUGGAUGGAGACUGUUAAAUCUUAUGUUGAGAAAAAAUAAAUUCUUCUCCUUACCACAUUCCUAAGCAACCAGUGAAUUUGAAUAUUAGCUUUCAAAUAUGUAUUAAGUGGAUACAUAAUUAUUUAUGAUUAAGAUUUUAUUAAAGCCAUUUAUUCUCAAAUUUUUGUAAACUUCUCUUCUUUUUGUGCGAAA